AUGUCCACAGACGUGAGAGAGGUGCUUCUGGAGGUUUACGUCAAUGACGCCUUCUACUUCGGUGACAGCUACUGGGCAUCAGAUGAUAAAGAUGUGCAGCUGGAGUUUGAGAUCACCGAUGACAUCUACGACCUUAUCAGCGGCAGUGCAUCUCGAGAGUUAGAUGUGCAGCUGGAGGUUGUGACAGUGGAUCAUGUCUCAGGCAGAUACUGCAGUCCAGGAGAGAUGCGUGUGCAGCUGGAGGUUAACUCUAGUGACAACAUCUCAGUCUGUGAAGUGAAAGAUUUGCAGCUGGAGAUGAACAGGAACGACAGCAUCUCAGAGCUGAAGAGUCCUACACUGGUCUCUGAAGAUCUGAGCGACCCAGCAGGACCUUCAGUGGAAGAGGCCAAUGAUCAGGGUGGCCUGGAUGCUGAGAACAGCCCAACAGGACUCACUGUUGGGGAGAUAACCAGGAAAAUGGGGGCAAUCUUCCAGCAGAUUUGUGCAGUUUUCCAGGCAAAAAUGCCAGAAACUGUUGGGCAACGUGAAGUGGAUCUUCCCGAUCCAAAGGAAUCGUUUGUUCCAGAUCCAAGUGCUCCCAAGCCAGAACCUGAAAUGGAUCUGUUAGAUACCGAGCAAUCGUGUAUCCCUGAACCUGAAGUGGAUCUCGUGGUUCCUUCUGAACCUAAACUGGAUCUGGUUGAUCCAGAGGAAUCAUGUGCCAGCCCAAAAGAAACUACCAAAGCCACGAAGAAUAAGAAAGUUCUUGGCUUCGUUGUAACUAAGAGAGUAGAAUAUGCUACAGUGAGGAAUCCGAAAAAAACCUUCCUCCAGAACAACAGAUCGAACUCAGCAUGGCCUGAGAUGGAUCUGAAUGUUCGUGAACCAAAACCUAUUGAGGAUUUGGUUGCUCCUCCUAAAUGGGAUCUGGUUGAUGCAGUGGAACUGUACACCCCGAGUCCUAGCGUUCCUGAGCCGGACUCUGAGGAGGAUCUGGAUGAUCCUCUUAAACGUGAAUGGGAUAAGGACUCGAUGGAAUUAUAUGCCUCGGGUUCAAGUGUCCCUGAGCCAGACGCUGAAGAGGAUCUGGUUGAUUCAGUGGAAUUGUACCUCCCGGGUCCAAGCGUUCUCAAGCCACGACCUGAAUGGGAUCUGGCUACUCCAGUGGAUUUGGGUGCACCAAGUCCAAGCGUUCUUGAGCCAGAGUCCACAGUGGUAUCUGAACUUGCAAGUUUGGAAAACUACGUCCCUUUAAACAUGCUCCAACUAGAGGAUCGUUUGAAGCAGUGUACACUGCUCAAACAAAGACAUGUCACCAAUGUCUGGCCCAGGGUCUUCAUCGGAGACGAAGAGGCUGCAACAGACCGAGAUAUGCUGCAGGAGAUGUGCAUCACUCACAUUCUGAACGCUGCAGCGCCCAAAAAGGACUUGAACUACUUCUUGGGAAAAUCUUAUGUUGAAGAUCUAGAAGGAACAGUCAAUACAGGGUCCAGAUAUUACAGAGGCUUGCACAUCAAUUAUUACAGCUUGCCUACAACGGACAGACACUGUUCUGACAUCAGCAAGUGCUUCAUGCCAGCUGCAAAAUUCAUUGACAAGGCCGUGAAUAAGCCAGGAAGUAAGGUGUUGAUUUGCUGCAAGCAGGGUGUCGACCACUCUGCGACUCUGUUUCUGGCAUAUCUGAUGAUCUGCCAUGACAUGAUGGUGGAGGAUGCCAUUGAUGACGUCAUAAAGUCGAGACUCAUCCAGCCCUCCAGAGACUUCCUGAAGGAGCUGAUGCUCCUCAAUGCUGACCUUGUGAACAAGCGAAAACUAAGGCUAGAGGACAUAAAAAAAGGCAAAAAAAGGAGAAAAUGGCAGCUAAAAAAGAAGUGUAGAGAUAUACUAAAAGAUAUAAAAGAAAAUGUGCACAUAUAG